GAAGCUUCUCUUCUCUGUAUAGCAACAGCGCCGGAGUGAAGAGAGAGAGAGAGAGAGAGAUGUUCAAGAAGGGAGUGGAAGCGCGGUCGCACCAGAGAUUGUCAGGGGCUGACAGGAAGAAGCUCAAGAGAACCGUCAAGGAAAGAUUUCCCAGGGCUUCCGACGCCGAUAUCGAUGCUUUACUCCCUCCCAAGGUGGAGAUAAAGGUUUCAAAGUAUCAAAAUCGAGUCCUUGUGUAUGGCAUAGAGGGAGGCUUUCCUAUGUUUUUUGAUAUUGACGGCCGUGGCAAAGAAAUUUUUCCCACAGUUUAUGCCCUCUGGAAGGUCCCUGAUCUCUUGCCUUCUUUCAUGCUGAAAGGGGGCGAGGUUUCUCGAUAUGUUAUUGGAGGGGCAGAUUUGAUGUUUCCCGGUAUCAGCAUACCUGCUGAAGGUUUACCAUCGUUUAUGGCUGGGGAAGCAUGGGCGGUUAAAGUUCCAGGAAAUCCAGCUCCCAUUGCUGUGGGAACUACUACUAUGAGCUGCAGUGAAGCAUUAAAAGCUGGGUUGCGGGGAAAAGCCUUAAAAAUUGCUCACUAUUAUGGUGACUUACUUUGGGAAUCAGUUGAGGGCCCUUAUGUGCCAAAUGCAGGUUUCUUAGAAGAUGCUGUUUUUGAGGAUCCUACCUUGUCAUCAGCUCAAAUUUCUUAUUCAUAUAAUGGUGCAAAUGAUGGAUCACAUGAUCAACUGAAUGGCAUUGAUGAUAAGGAAAUGGGGCAACAUGUUGAUGUUGCUGAUGUGCAGUCUGAACCAAGUUCUGCUUCGGUUGCACCGAUUGAUGUUAGGAAUGAGAUUGCUGAGGAAGUAACUGCAAAUGUAGGUGAUCUGAAGCUAACAGACGAUGAUUCUGCUAAUCAGUCGACUGGGGAGGUUCAACAUCCUCUUUCUGCCGAGGAUGUGGACAUGCUUUUGGAAAAAUGCCUUUUGCAAGCAUUGCAUACAACUGUGAAAGACAAAGACCUACCCAUGCCCGGAAGCACUCUAUGGUCAAACUAUGUUUUACCUUGUAGGCCUUCAGGCAUCACACUAGACAUCAAGAAAUCAUCACACAAGAAAUUAUCAAAGUGGUUACAAGCUAAAUGUUCUACAGGAUUGAUUAGAGUGAAGGAAGAUAAAUAUAAGAAGGAGUCUGUAUUACUUUCUAUUGACCGCAGCCAUCCAGAUUACUCAUCUUUCAAGCCAGAGAAACGACAAGUUGAAGAAGCUGUUCAAACUAGUGUUCCUGCUGUCAGUGAAAGUCGGUCGGUCAAAAUCCUUGAAGUGGCUGAGAUCUAUAAACCAAGUGUACAUGUGAAUCCAGUAUUUGCUUCUGUAGGUGCUGACACAGGCGAGCUUUACAGUGCUUCGGAUGCCACUGACAUUGUGUUUAAAUAUGUUGAAAAGGAAAACCUGGUUAAGCCGACAGAUAAAUCCAUUGUGAUUUUGGAUGCCAUAUUGUGUGAUGCACUGUUCAAGGGGGCCAUAAAGAAAGGUUCAACGUACCCUACAGAAAUUCAUAAAAGAGACUUAGGAGCAGCAUUUGUGAACCGGAUGCAAGCCCAUCACAUUGUGACAAGGGGAAAUGACUCGGUUGUUCGUAAAGGUGGUUUGAAAACGGUCCAGAUAAUGACAGAAAGGCGGCAAGGUAAUAAGAAAAUGACUAAGUUAUCAGGACUGGAAACAUUUUUAGUGGAUCCUGAAGCUUUGGCAUCAGAGCUACAAAAGAAGUUCGCUUGCAGUACAACGGUGGCAGAACUACCAGGUAAGAAGGGGCUGGAGGUUCUGGUUCAAGGUGGAGUGAUUGAGAAUCUGGCAAAACACUUGAUUGAACAAUAUGGGAUCCCAAAGAGAUACAUUGAGGUUCUUGACAAAACCAGGAGAUGAGAGGUUGAGAAAGGUAAUAAUUAACAAGGUCAUGGUUUGAAUUGGAGAGAUUGGCAUCAUGAUUAGCGUGGAGGAGUGAAGUGCAUGUGCUUGAUACAUCCCAUAGAUGUGUAUAGAGAGGGCUUAAUAUCUUUUGUUUAACUUGAUUUCUCAACUGGUGGGAUUGGGAAAAUGAAGAGAAUGGAGGGUACCAUGGUGUCCUUUAUGCAACAUUUUGUAGUUGUCUAUUGAAGUAUUGAGAGAGGAAAAUACUGUAGUUUAUGUUUUGUCUGGUAAUGUUGUUAUUUUUGUUUCUAAA